GGCAAGUACGCGAGGCCUUGGUGGAGUGAGGGAGGGUAAAGCUGUGAGUGGAGUGGAGAGUGUGCAAGUCCAGGCGUUUCAGUGGUGCAAUUUAUUGCGAUGGUGUGUUAAUACUGAUCGGGGAACAUAUGUGAUGCUGUGAAGCCCUUUGUGAACUUGAUGGAAAGAGAGAACGCCGUCGCAACAUUGACAUGGCUGCGACUCAGGCUCAAACUGACGGUCCACCACAAAUCCACGCAAAUUCAAACAAUGUAAGCGAAAAAGAAGCUGCUGUGGCAGCGUUCACGAAUGGUAGUGAUGAUUCUGGGAUGGGCUCAUCGUCGAAUGAGAGCUUCACACCCGGUAAAUCGAUCACGCCCCCUUCAAACCCAAUCUCCACAGUUCCUCUGCCUGGAAUGGUGGGCCAGCGGCCGCCCUUCAUGUCUGCGGGCUACCCGGCGCUGGUGCAGCACCACCCCGGCUACGGACCGGCGCCGCACCACUACCCGAUGGCGGCUGCCGGCCGGCCCAACCACCUCUACCCACCGCAGGCGUACGGACCGGCGCGGGGCUACCCGGGCGCUCAGUGGGACCCGCAGCAGCACCCGCAGCACCAUCCGCAGCAGCACCAGCACCCGCAGCAGCCGCCGCCGACGGCGCCCCAGCAGGCGGCGCCGCCCGGCCAGCAGUCCCCGCAGCAGCCGCCGCCCUCAUCGACACCGUCCCAGCCGUCACCGGCGGGCGGGUACCCGUCGGCACCCGGCCGGCCGCAGCAGCCGCCGACGCCCACCCGGCCGGCGUCCGUCAGUUCGGAGGUGGGCGUUGGCGACUCUGCGGGCAGCGACUGCGCGCCCGGCGCCGGGAGCCAGGGGCCGCGGCCGCCGCCGUCCCCCACCAGCUCGGCAGGCUCGCGCUCCAUGUCACCGGCUGUAGGUCAGCAGAACAUUCCGAUGCCGCCGCGGCCGCCCAGCUCUCAGGAGUCGGCCGGCGGUCAGCGGCUGGCGCACUCGCCGCACGCCUACCCGCCCCAGGCGGGACCCCCGCCGGGCGCCGCCGCUGCUGCCGCCGCCGCGCCGCCCGGCCUCGGCCACAAGCCCGGCUACCCGGUGCCGCACCCUCAGUACGGCCAGCCGGGCGGCUACCCGGCCCAGUACAACAGCCACGUCAUGUACGGCCAGUACGGGCGGCCGGGCGCGCCUGGCCAGCCGCCGCCCGGUCCGCCCGGCCCGCCCGGACACUACCCCUACCAGGGGCAGUACCCGCAGCAGCACUGGGCGACCGGUGGCCACCCGCGACCCGGUCCCGGCGGCAAACCGCUGCACAUGCCGGGCGGCGGCGGACCGCCGGGCUCCGCGCCGCCGGCGCCGCACUACCUGCGCCACCACCUGCAGCAGAAGAUGGCGUACGGCGCGAACGGGCCGAGCAGCGGGCCCAACGGACCGAGCGCCGGGCCGCCGCCCGCCGCGGCCGCCGCCAGCCAGGCCUCGUCAAUGCCGCCUCCUUCGAGCGGUCCUCCGCCUCUUGCGCCGCCGCCCCGGCCGGCCUCUCAGUGCAGCGACGGCUCGCAGCACUCCCAGCCGGCCUCCGGCGGUCCGCCCGAGCUCUCCGGACCCUACAACAACCACGGCCCGCUGCCGCCCAUCGGACCCGACGGCGUGCCCAUCGACGACGCGUCGCAGCACAGCACGCUCUCAAACACCUCGGCCAAUUCUGAGGACCGCGCCCGCUCCCCGAAGCCGCGUGUCAAGGAGAACGCCGGCAGCAGCCACCCGCCGACGCCCAUCUCGGGCAUGGCCUCACCGGGCGCCGCCAGCAUGACGUCGGCGCACGAUGAGGCGGAGAACAACGUGGCGAGUCCCGGCGGGCCGGCCUGGCCGCGCUCGCCCGUCUCGGUCUAUAACCCAAUGCCUUCAAGAGAUGCUUACCCAGUAUCCAAGAACUCCCGCUCCGUGCGCCAGCAGAAGGCAGAGAGCCUGAACCGACUGUUUGAGAUUGACGACGCGCCCGGCCGCCGAGAGUGGGUCAGCCGCCUGCUGGCGUUCAUGGAGGAGCGCGGAUCGCCCAUCCUGCAGUGCCCGACCGUCUCCAAACAGCCGCUCGACCUGUUCAAGCUCUAUCAGUUCACCAAGGAGCGCGGCGGUUUCGUCGAGGUGACCAAGAACAAGACUUGGAAGGAGAUCGCCGUGCUGAUGGGCAUCGGAGGCAGCUCCAGCGGGGCUUACACGCUGCGGAAACACUACAUGAAGAACCUCAUCUUCUUCGAGUGCCACUUCGACCGCGGCGGGCUCGACCCGGCGCCCAUCCUCGCCAAAUACGAGACCAAGAGCAACAAGAAGAAGGGCGCCGCCUCGCCCGGUCCCCAGGACUCAUUUUCUAACUCUGGCUCGAUGGACGGCUUCCCGUCUGGCUACCCUGGCUACCCGGGCGGCGGCGACUACAGUAACGGUCCUUCCGGCCAGCCGCCACCUCAAGGUGCCUCCGACCGGGUCAGUGUGUCGAACCCGUUCGAGGAUGGUCACUACGAUAGUGCGUACGGCUCUGCCUACCCGGCUGGUUACAACAGCUACCCGGGCCACGGCUACCCGCCACAGCCGGGUUACGGUCACUACCCGCCGACCAGCGGCGCGCCCGGUCAGGAGUACCCGCCACCGCCGGGACCGCCGGGGGCCGGGCCGCCGCCCGGGCCGCCCCAGCAGCAGCCGCCCGGGCCGCCCCAGCAGCCGCCCUACAUGCAGUACCCCAACAGGAGCUACCCGCAGCCGCCGACCUCUGUGGGCCAGCAGCCGGGCGGCGAGCACCACCGGUACCAGACCGGCCCGCCGCUGGGCCCGGCCACCUACGGGCCGCGCCACAUGUACCCGGGCCACCAGCCGGCGCCGCCGCCCGCCUCUGUGGGCAGCCCGGCGGCCACCCCUCCGCCCGUGUACAGCAGCGCCGGGCCCACCGGACCGCCGCCGCCGCCGCCGCCGCCGGUCGGCUCGGCCCCGCCGGCCAGCGCGCCGCCCGGCUCCGGCCCCGGUCCGACGCCGGCGACCGGUCCCGGCGGGGAGCCGUACCCGGCCAGCACGGCUUCCCAGUACCCGAUGUCGCCGUCCAAGUCUGGCUAUGCGCCGGCGCCGACGCUGGCCAAGCAGCUGGCGGCGCCACCCCUGGUACCGCCCCAGGGGCCCGGCGGGCCGACCCCCAUGGGCCACCCACCGCUCAGACACCCCAUUCCGUACGGCUCUGGUCAGCACGGCGCCGCGCCCGGUAUGCCCGCGUACCGUCCCGGUGCGCCGCCGAGUAUGGCCAGCGCGCCCGGCCAGCCGGGUCAGCGGAGACCGGACGGUGCGCCGCCGCCUCCGCCCGGCGCCGGUCCGGCCGCCGCGCCGCCCUACAACCAGCACCAGCAGUACGGUGGCUGGCGGGGCGGCUCCUACGGCCAGUACGGCCCGCCGCCGGCGCCGGGCGUGGCCGGUCAGUGGGGCCAGCGGUACCCACCGCCGGGCAGCCAGCCGCCUGGUCCGCCCGGCACCGGCUACCCGCCGGCCCCGGCGCCCGCCCAGUGGAACGGCAACUCACCGGCGGCCGCCGCCAUGGCCCAGCCGCGGAUGCCCAUGAGACCGCCGUACGGAAAGGAUUCGAAGCCGUAUCCUCCCGGCAAGCCGGGGAUGGCUCUGGGCAGCCUGUCGAAGCACAACUUCCCGCCGGACAGCGUGGAGGCCACGCUGCCCGUGAUGGCCAAGCGGCGCCGCGGCACACGCGCCGACGUGUGUCCCGUGGACGGCUGGCGGCUGACGAUGGCACUGCGCUCCGGCCAGCUGGCCGAGAGCCGCUGGGCGCUGGACGUGCUGCAGAUCCUGUCGUUUGACGACGCUUCCGUGUCGUGGCUGGGCCUGGCGCACAUGCCCGGCCUGCUGGCGGCGCUGCUGGAGCACUACCGGCAGACGCUGGCGGCCAUGUUCGCGCGGCGCGCCACGCCCGUCUCGGUGGGCUGGUACGAGGGCGGUGCCUCCGGCGCGCCGCUGCCGCCCGAGGAGGAGCCCGACCUGGGCGUGUGCGGCGCCGCCGACCCGGACGACAGUACCGCCGUGCUCAGCGGGCCCGACUUCACCCGCACCACCCGGCGCGGCCUGCCCGUGACCUUCGACCCGUGUGACGACACCAUCCUGGUCUCUGACCGCAGGAGAUCCUGGGAGGUGGACGUCCUCAGUGCCGACUGCGCCUGGGGUCACAUCGAGACGCAUAUCAGGGUGGAAACGGGCCGGCUGCCGCUGAUCCGUCGACUGCGCGACGGCAAGAUCGCGGAGGAUCCGGCGGAAAAGGCGGAGUCGAAUGAAGCCAACUCGGAGUCAAAGGAGUCAGAACCGGAGUCGACGCCAAACCGGCCAGUUGUCAAAACUGAGCCAGUCGAAAAGGCGGAACCUGACAGCGACUCCAAGUCGGAAGCCGACGCCAAGGACUCGAAGGCAGCGCUUGUGAACGGCGAGGUGAUACCGGGCUUCUCCGCGUUAGACUUUUUCCUGUCGCGUCUGCGCAAGGAGGCGAAAUCAACAGCGGCACGCAAAGCCGCGGCGGCGAACUGUGAUGAAGCGUCGAGCGCGGCGUGUGAGAACGGGGAUGGUGGCGACGCGGUCACAGUGAAAGCCGAACCGAUGGACACGACGCCCGACGUCAAACCGCCGCUGGUCAACGGCGACGCGUCCCCUAGUGAGCGCGGCGAGCAGCCGGAGACGGCAGAGUCCAAACCUUCCGCUGCGGAGUCGGAAGAGACGUCAGCGCCGCCGCCACAGCUCGAGAUUCGAGACCCGGACGGCACGCUGAAGCGAAAGCGGCCUGACGAUGAGGAAGCCGAGUGCUACCAGCGCGACGAGUCGUCACUCUACCUGACGUCCACCACGCAGGAGAACAUCGCGCAGCGGUGUAUAGCCAUCAGCACCAUCUUGCGCAACCUGUCGUUCGUGCCGGGCAACGAGGCCGAGCUGGCGACGGAGCCGCUGCUGCUGCUGCUGGGUGACCUGCUGCAGCUGCAUCACCGACACCCAGCGCGCGCGGCCAAACACAAAAACUACGACCGCGACGAGGAUGCCGACUUCCCGGAGGCGUGCACGGCGCUCAACAGCGACGAGUGGUGGUCCGAGUACCUGCCACUGCUGCAUGAGAACGCGCUGGUGACGCUGUGCAACGUGUCCGGGCAACUGCACCUGGGCGGCCACGAGGAGGCGGUGGUGCGGCCGCUGCUGGACGGCCUCCUCCACUGGCUCCAGUGUCCCAGCUCGUACGCGGCCGACCCGUUCGCCUCGUGCGCCGGCUCGCCGUCCCUGCUCACCUCGCCGCAGCGGCUGGCGCUGGAGGCGCUCUGUCGGCUCUGCGUGCACCCGGAGAACGUCGACCUGAUGCUGGCGACGCCGCCGCUGUCGCGGCUGGAGCGCAUCUGCGAGCUGAUGGCGCAGUGGGUCGGCCGCGCAGAGGACCAGGUGAAGCGCGAGAUGACGCUCAACCUGCUCUAUUACUUUACGGCCGCCGACGAGCGCGUGGCGCGCCUGGUGGCCAUGCAGAGCAACUUCGUACCGACGCUGGUGCGCUUCGUGGAGACGGCCGAGCACAACGCCAUGAACGUGGCCAGCACACAGGGUGUGAACGCGCUGCGCGAUAACCCCGAUCUGAUGGGCACCAGUCUGGACAUGCUGGGCCGCGCGGCCAACAUCCUGCUGAGCCUGGCGCGCGUGCCCGCCAACCGGCAGGUGCUGGUGGCGCGCGAGCCCCAGCUGCUGGCGCUGGUCAUGUCGCAGAUUCUCGACCAGCGCGUCGCCUCUGUGCUCUCUCAAGUACUGUUCAAAAUCUCUCGGCCGUCGCCGUCCGAGGCGGCCGCGUAGCGCGCGGGGACCCAGCGGCAGCCGCGGCCGCCCGCCGACGGCACAUGUGAUGUAUGAGUGGCCGCGACCUGUCCCUGACUGUGUGCAUGCGUGUGCGUGUCUGUUUGUUUUGUAAAUAAGCGACUCGAUAGUGCUAUUUUAACUGUACAGAGACGGCAAUCUGUAAGCGGUUUGACCUUCCGGUCACGUGGUCAUGGCUAUCGUAAUUCAUUUAUACAGUUCGUUAUAACCAUCAUUUACAUGUCCAGAGAACGCUUCGUGGAUGUGAGCUGUCGGUUUCAUGAAUAAAUGUAUAUCAGUUUA